AUGGAUGGUCAGAAAAUGAAAAGCUCGACCAAGGCCUACGAAACAGUUGUAUCUUUUGACGAAAACAAGGAAUCAGAAAAUAUUCAAAUGCUGGAUGAAGUGAAAUAUGCACGCUCCGAUCGGAAUCCAUCUAGCCUCUUCGAAUCAGUGCAGUCAGAUGAAAUUUUACUGACUGGUAUCGAUCCCGGAUCGUGUCUAUUACCUGUGGACUCCAUGAAGGACAUCAGUCAUCAGAAUGGAGGACGAUCAGAAAUUGACGGGAAAGCAAAACGUUUGAUGUCAGUGAAGAACCACAUCGCAGAACAUGCUAUCAUGCAGGAGAAACAGAAGAUCCCAAUACAUGUUGGACUAUGGAAGAUGAGAGAAACAAAAGAGGCUGUGGAGGUGGAGGCUGUGGAGGUGGAGGUGGAGGCGGUGGAGAUGGAGGCGGUGGAGGUGGAGGCGGUGGAGGUGGAGGCGGUGGAGGUGGAGGCGGUGGAGGUGGAGGAGGUGGAGGCGGUGGAGGUGGAGGCGGUGGAGAUGUCAAUCUAUGGAAAGGUGCAAUAUUUGCAGCAAGUGUACAUAUCUAAGCCAUGGGUCGAGAAGAUGGAAGGGGACACUAUAGAUGCUGCUCUCACCAAGAACAAGAAUGUUCUGGCGUUGCUGACUGAAAAUGGGCGCAAGAAGACUUUCCUUGACAUUCCUGCGAUUGCAGAUUUUGUCAACGUCUCGGAACUCAUCAGAUGGGGAUUCUAUCUGGACAUCGAUCCAACGACUGCUCAAGUGAAUUCCAAGAACGAAGAGGAAGUAUUGAACAUCAUCGUUUGUUGUGCUUUUUGCAAUGGGAAAGGCAGUUUGAAGAGUUUCGUCAAGAGCGAACCAGGUCAAUCCAUUCGCUCUCGUUAUCGCCGUUUCCCACCUGGGUACGAUGCAUAUGCUACUCCUCUAAGUGUCUAUCAACGUCAUAAGGAAAUAAAUUGGAUGUGCCCUCUGUUGACCGGUGAGUAUCUUCCGAACGUGGAAUUUUCAUUCCGAGCUCUGAGCAGAUGCUAUCCCGACGAUGAUGAAGAUUUCAAUCCAAACCGGAGGAAGCUCCUUGGUUACAAAACCAGAUUUCAAUCUUUUGAGUUUUUUCCGAAGAAAUUCAUCGUCUCUGUUCAUGAACUGGCGAGAUGGGGCUUAUACUACACGGGAAUCCGAGAUGAGACGGCUUGCAUUUUUUGUCGUGUAAUUCUUCACAACUGGGAGUUUCAAGAUUCUCCAUAUGAGGAACAUAGAAGAUUUUCUCCAAACUGUCCUUUGAUUAAAGGACGCAAUGUUAUGGAUAUCUCAUAUGAUGAUCCUCUCAAAUCUGAAGUCAUCAAGGAAAGAGAAGAGAAGAAUCGAGACGUUUUGGACGCUAUCACCGAUGUUCAAAGCAGACGUUCUCGUUCGAAUUCCUUCAAAUCUGAUCCAGAUGAAAGCACCAACAAUACAAACAAACAGAUUGGAGAGUCUCCUCCCUCGCCCCCAUCUCGGAACCGAACUAUUCGUGUACCAGAUGGUCAAGUUGUCCUUGACUUUGACUGUCUAGUUACAGGUUAUCCUGAGGUUCUUAUGGUGCUCGCACAGGAGGUCAUUUGCAUAAAUCGCAAGGCCUUCCCUGCGGUUCUCUUCCUCGGGGAAUGCUUGGGUAUUGAAGAGCGUACCAAAGAACACGUCGAAGGAAGAAACGGUCAUGAUUUACCACCUGUUAAGAGACACAAGAUUUCAUCUAAAGAGACGUUAUCUGAUUUGAGUUCUGCUGCGGGCCAUGAAAACAAACAGACGUACGAACAAAAUGACAACGAGGAAGAUUCUCUACUACACAAAGCAUCAACGAGUUCUGCUGGACAAAGUGACGACAGGAAUACCGACAGAAGAGGAAGAAAUGAAGAAGCAGAAUAUUGUCCUUUGUGUGCUCGUGGUCCAUUCCGCUAUCAUUUCAACCUGAAUCAACACUUUCGGGAUGUUCACCUUGGACUCAGUGACUCUCAUCCGCGAUUGCACCCAGUGAAUCAGGUUGGUGGAGGUUCAGAUAUUCAACGCGUUGGACGCUUCACCCUUGUGGAAACGGCAGCUAAUCGUACUGCAGAAAACUAUGUUUUCGAUCCUGUGACAGAGAAUUUAGACCCCGAGAGUUUCAUCAUGGCUUCUCGCGAACAUCUUCUGGACUUUUUUUCUAAAUAUUUUCAACAGAUAAAUAGACAAGCAUUGAAAGUGCAAGUCGUCUUGUCUGUUCAUUGUCAUCGCUUUACAUUAGAAGGCCGAGAAACGAUGAUCAUGUUCAUUCGAACCGAGCCAGUGAGUAUGAUGGGUGAGAAUGAUAAUUUAGAGGAAAGAGUGAGACAGAUCGGUCAGAACCUCUCGCGUCGAUUAGAUAAGGCCGAAAAUCAGGGAAGUGGUUGGAGCUACGAUAGAGUUGAGGAUUUCAUAAUAGAGGUGACGCGUUUCGAACCUAUCAAAGGCAGUAAAUUCGUGCAACUUCCAGUAUCACUUAGACCUCUGCAAUCGCUCAUCAACCCUCGUAACGAUGACGAUAUGUGUUUUCUCUUUUGUCUUGCCAUGUCCGAUCAUCCACCCAAAGAUGGGCAUUUCGACCGCAUCGAGGGUUUCAGGAAGUAUUUUGCAGAAUAUGACGUCCGGGGACUAAAUUUUCCUGUAUCACCCACGCAAGUGCCAAUAUUUGAGAAACGUAAUGGUCGCGCCAUCACUAUUCUCGGUUUUGAAGGAGCGCGCGACAAAGGGAAACAGGACAGGGUGUAUGUAAUCAGUGCCUCAACUAUGCCCGAGAGCCUUUCGCGCAUAUUUUUACUGUUGUUGGAAGAAGGACACUAUGUUCUCAUCAAGAACUUGAGAGGAUUCUUGAAUCAUUUUCGUAAAUCACGGUGCUAUCGCUACUGCGAUCGAUGCCUGGUAGGGCUUUCGUACAAGAGCUCUUAUGACAAGCACAGGCGUUUGUGCUUGACGCAUGCAGCUGCGGCUAUUCGAAUGCCAGAACAAGAGAAGUCCAUUUUGGAAUUCAAUGCAUAUAAGAAAUGCCUCCGUUUACCCAUGGUCGCUUAUGCCGACUUCGAAUGUAUUCUCUCGAAAUGCGUGGAGGGAGGCUCGGAUCGAUUGCAUAAACAUCUACCCUUUUGUUAUCACCUAUUGGUGAUAGAUUUUUUUGGGCAUGUUUGGACUGAGGUGUCUUACACAGGAGAGGAUUGUGUUUCUCACUUUCUCAUGACCCUUUUUAUCUUGAGAGAUGCAGCCAAGAAACAUGUGUUGGAACGUGAGAAGCCUCUCGUUGUCUCGACACAAGAAAGAGAGGCUAUCUUAAAGCAACCAGAAUGCGUGAUCUGUGGUAAAUCUUUUCUUCCAGAGGAAGAGAAGCACAUUGACCAUUGUCAUGUGACAGGUGAAAUUAGAGGAGCCACUCAUUCCACUUGUAAUCUGGGAUUUACAACUGCCAAAGAAUCUUUCCGGGUCCUAAUUCACAACUGUGGAAAGUACGACCUAAAACUCUUAUUGAAGGGUAUUGCCGAUGGGAUGCAAGGCUUGGUUAAGGAUAUUCAUAUCAUUCCCCGUACUGAAGAGACGUUUCUCACCAUGAAAUUGAAUGGAAUCACUUUCCUAGACUCGUUUCAGUUUCUUAGCUGCUCGUUAGACAAGCUGGUGAGUUCUCUUGGUGAGGAAAUGGAUUUGACCAUUUUGAAAGAAGCUUUUCCUGAGACAACACCAGAGCAGCUGACAUUACUCCAGAGAAAGGGCUAUUUUCCCUAUGAGUAUAUCACGGACAUGAAAAUUCUGUCUGAGACCCAGCUACCACCGAGAGAGAACUUUUUUUCCUUGCUGAAAGCAGAAACAAUUUCCGAGGAUCAAUAUCGACAUGCGAUUCAGGUGUGGGAUACUUUUCACUGCAAAACUAUAGGUGACUAUGGCUUGUUGUAUUGCCGUGUUGAUACGCUCCUCCUGGCGACCGUCUUUGAACGAUUUCGUCGGCAGACAAUGCACGACUUUGGCCUUGAGGCAUGUAUGUUCGUGUCACUACCCUCCUUGAGCAUGGCAGCAGCUCUGAAGACUAGUAAAGUCAAAUUAGAGCUCGUUACCAACAUCGAUCAGCACCUGAUGUGGGAAGCCGGAAUUCGCGGAGGUAUUUGUGUCGCACCUGAAAAGUUUAGCAAAGCAAAUAAUAUAUACAUGGGGUCGGCGCAUGAUGAGAACAAAGAGAGCUCUUUCAUUUUUUAUUUUGAUUGCAACAGUCUCUAUGCAUAUGUAAUGUGGAAUUUCAAACUCCCGUGCGGAGCUUUCCGCUUUUUAGAUGAAGAAGAAGUCUCUCAGGUGAAGAUACACGAAUUGAGACCGGAGGAUGAAACGGGGUACAUUCUGGACGUUGAUUUAGAAUUCCCCAAGGAAGUACACGAUCGGUUGCAAUUGUUACCACCUGCUCCAGAAGUCAUGGAAGUCACGAGGGAAAUGCUUAGUCCGUAUAAUCGGAAGCAGAUUUACAGUGCAGAUAAUCCAUUCAGCCGGAUACACCUCCCAUCUGAAAACCGGAAAUUGGUGGCACAUCUAGCCUUGCACAAUCACUACGUCGUUCAUGGUCUCACCUUGCAGUUGUAUCUCGAAUUGGGGGUGCAAAUCAAGAAAAUACACCAGAUUCUAUCGUUUCAACAAAAGGCCUGGUUGCGAAAUUACAUUGAGGGGAACUUGCAGAGACGAGCUCAAACUACUUCGAAAUUCGAGAAAGAUCUAUACAAAUUGUUUUCAAACGCUGUCUAUGGAAAGUGUUUAGAACGCGUUCGUUCCAGGAAGAGGAUAGUAGUAGCGACGUCAGACAGACAGCUACAGAAACUGGCGAGGAAGCCAACUUUCAAAGAGAGGACAAUUAUUGGAGAGAAUUUGAUCCUUGUCCAUCAGAUUCCGACCCAAGUCACACUUGAUAAACCUCUUUUUUGCGGUAUGAGCAUUUUGGACUUGUCCAAGAAACACAUGUACCAGUUUCUGUAUGGCGUUCUCAGAGCGCACUUUGGAGACUCCCUGACACUUUGUUAUUCGGAUACCGACUCUGUCAUAAUUCGCGUGGAAAAUGUUGAUGCCAUUGAAAAGCUAAAGGCGAUGAAAAGUCACUUUGACUUCUCCUCCCUUCCUUUCAACCAUCCAUUGUAUUCACGAGAAAAUGCAUCUCGUCAGGGAAAAUUCAAAGACGAAACUGGUGGAAAGAUAAUUUCUGAGCUCGUCUGUCUGCGUCCAAAGAUGUAUUCGAUUCUCUUUGCUGGAGAAAACGAAGAACAGAUCGUUCGAGCGAAAGGUAUGAAUCGGAAUUCGAGAACGAUGGACAUACUCUGUCACACAAAGUAUACAGAGGCGCUGUCAACAGGUCGAAACUUUUCAGUAACCAACGUGAUGAUCCGUUCGGAAAAACUUCAACUCUAUACGGUCGAACAAAAGCGUCACGGCCUCGUCAUCUACGACGACAAAGUGUACCUAUACCGGAACCCCAAUGGAGAAUUCAAAACCCUUCCAUAUGGUCACUAUCGCAUUGCGGAAAUUGCUACUGAGGGGAAAGACAGCGAUGACGAUGAUGAUGAUGAGAACGACUUGCACGAGUAG